CGGCGCUCCGGCACUCGUCUUUCUGCUCUUGAGCUCGUCGGCUAGGCUCUCCUCGAGUCCCGCUCUCCCCCCACUUCCCUCGCCCUCCCCUCCCGUCACCCUUCCCCGACCCCACCCGAGCCCGGCCCUCGGCUGCCCCGGCCAUGGCGUGUGGAGCCACUCUGAAAAGGACUCUGGAUUUCGACCCGCUGCUGAGCCCGGCGUCCCCGAAGCGGAGGCGAUGUGCGCCAUUGUCGGCGCCCACCUCGGCUGCUGCUUCUCCGUCGUCGGCAGCCGCGACCGCUGCCGCCUCCUUUUCGGCUGCCGCCGCCUCGCCGCAGAAGUAUCUCCGAAUGGAGCCGUCCCCCUUUGGCGACGUCUCUUCCCGUCUCACCACAGAACAAAUUCUGUACAACAUAAAACAAGAGUAUAAACGCAUGCAGAAGAGAAGACAUUUAGAAACUAGUUUUCAACAGACAGAUCCAUGUUGUACUUCAGAGGCACAACCACAUGCAUUUCUCCUCAGUGGACCAGCUUCACCAGGGACUUCAUCUGCAACGUCCUCGCCAUUAAAAAAAGAACAGCCCUUAUUCACUCUACGGCAGGUUGGGAUGAUCUGUGAACGUUUGUUGAAAGAACGUGAAGAGAAAGUUCGAGAAGAGUAUGAAGAAAUAUUGAACACAAAACUUGCAGAACAAUAUGAUGCAUUUGUGAAGUUUACGCAUGAUCAAAUAAUGCGACGAUAUGGAGAACAGCCUGCUAGUUAUGUUUCAUGAAUCACGUUUUCUGCAUUUGUGGGCUGCCUUGUUCCUUGUUGAGUUGUUGCAAGAGGUCCUAAUUAUGACAUGCAGCAAUGCCAAUACCCCCCUGUGAAUACAGGUUAUUUCAAGCUUUCGUCAGUGGCAACCACUCUUAGGCAGCAACUGGUUUCGGAUAUUUCCCUGAUGUCAGUACCAUCUGGAUGUGGACCUUUGCUACCUGUAUUAAUGCCAGUGGCCUCCUUUGCUGUAUCAUUACAAUUUGGCUUCUUAUAUUAAUAUGUUUGAAAAGGAUUAAAGCUGGUAUUCUAAGAACAUGCCCUUCACUGGUUGUGUAAAUAAAACUGUAGAAUGACACUUCA